AUGGUGCUGUUCAAGUCUCCUCAUCCGCGGAUAGAGAUCCCUGAAGACAUCACGACGUGGGAAUGGGUCUUUGAGUCGAAGGAAUUCUCCCCGCUACUGAAGACGCCGCGGGAGCCGUUGGCCGCGUACGUCAAUGCCGUCACCAAGGAACGCCUGGAUUGGGAUGCCGUAAAGACUGCCGCCACGCAGUUGAGUACCGCCCUGGUCAAGGAGUAUGGAUUCCAGCCGGGUGAGACGAUUUCCCUGUUCAGCACCAAUACUAUCUGGUACCCGGUAGCGAUGUGGGCCGUGAUCCGAGCAGGUGGAAGAGUCAACGGCGCAUCUCCCGCCUACACGGUCGAGGAGAUGACCUACGCCCUCAAGAUCGCAAAGACGAGGUUUCUAAUAACGCUGCCAACAUCACUGGACGUGGCACUGGCGGCUGCUCGAAAUGUCGGCAUCCCUCGCCACCACGUCUUCCUGCUGGAAGGGGAGGCAGAUGGGUGCAUCAACAUCCAGGACCUCAUGAAGCGCAGCGAGAAGUAUACCCCCGACCCGCCGUACCGGGUGCCACAAGGCAAGACCAACAAGGACAUCUGCGGGUAUUUGAAUUUCAGCAGUGGAACGACGGGGUUGCCAAAGGCUGUCAUGCUCUCGCACCACAACAUCAUUGCACAGUGCCACCAGCUCAGACAGAUCCAGGCGCCCGGGCCGUACAAGAUCCUGGCCGUCAUGCCGUUGUUCCACAUUACUGGCCUGGUGAGAUUCUGCACGUACCCGAUCUUCAUGAACGGUGACAGCGUCAUGCUCCCGGCCUUUAGCAUGGAGUCGAUGCUCCGCGCCAUCUGCGAAUUCAGGAUCGAAGAACUCAUCCUCGUGCCGCCCAUCAUCAUCCGGCUCGUCCGCGACAAGAUCGUCGACAAUUUCGACCUGCGCCACGUCAACCGCUGGUCGUCGGGCUCGGCGCCCAUCUCACCGGAGAUAAUAGCCUUGCUGCAGAAAAAGUUCCCCUGGACUGGGUUUCGCCAGGGCUACGGUGCUACAGAGUCGACGGCGUGCAUUUCGGCACAUCCGCCUUCACAUUACGAUUACAAGUAUGCGACCACGGGAGGGUUGUUGGUCGCCAACACGGUAGCAAAGGUGAUUGAUCUGACCACGGGGAAGGAACUUGGCCCGGGUGAGACGGGAGAGAUCCUUGCGCGGGGACCCCAGAUCGCGAUGGGCUACCUGGACAACCCAGCGGCUUCGGCCGAGACGUUCGACAAAGAAGGCUUCUUCCACACGGGGGACGUGGGCCAUAUUGACGCCGAAGGGCUGAUCCACAUCGAAGACCGCAUCAAGGAGAUGAUCAAGGUCAAGGGCCUCCAGGUGCCGCCGGCCGAGCUGGAGGAUCUGCUCCUCGGACACCCCGAGGUCGAGGACUGCGCGGUGCUGGGCAUCCCCGACGAGUACUCGGGCGAGCGACCCAAGGCCUACGUCGUGCUCAAGACCGGCGUGCGCGAAAGCGAGGAGGUCGGCCAGCGGCUGUUGCAGUUCGUCAAAGAGCGCAAGGUGAGGUAUAAGUGGAUUGUCGAGAUCGAGUUCACGCAGCAGGUCCCCAAGAGUCCGACGGGCAAGCUGCUGCGGCGGAUUCUCAAGGCCAAGGAUAAAGAAGGCAAGAACAGAGGGCUGAGGGUCAGGGACGAGCGGGAGAGGGCACGGCUGUGA